CUUCUUCCCCCCCUCCCCCCCAUCACAGCAUGAACGAUACUUACACCGAAUCUGAACAUCGCGGACGUGGUGAGAGCCCCGCCAGCUCCAGAUCAAGAUCUCCUCGUCCAAGAAGUCGCUCCCCUGCCCGCGCAACAAACAAUGCCGACAUCGACGAGUCAGUGAACCCAGGCAACAAUCUCUUUGUCAACGGCCUUUCCAACAAGACUGAGCAGGCGGAUCUAGAGGACCUGUUUGGCAAAUACGGCAAGGUCGAGAAGGUUCAAAUCAUGUUCGACCCCCAUACCCGCGAGUCGCGUGGCUUCGCCUUUGUGACCAUGGUCCGUCCUGAAGAUGCUGAUGCUGCUAUGCAGGUGCUGAACGGAUUCGAACUCCACGGACGCGCUAUGUCCGUCAACAUGGCUCGCCGCGGUCGUGCGAGAACACCCACUCCUGGCCAAUACCGUGGACCCCCCAAGCGCGAGAGGGGCACGGGUAUGCCUCACUAUCCCUAUGGUAUCGCAUGCAGUUAAAUUUGGCGAAACCAAUAGUUCUCGCCUACACAUGCAGCACCAAUCUAACCACCUGGUAUCACGACCAAUAUCACACCACUUAGAUCGCCGUGGAGAUCGAUUCGACCCACGCCAAGAUCCCCGUGGACCUGAUCCUAGGGAAUACAGAGGCGCACCUGCACGCGACUACGGUCGCCCCGCUCCGUAUGACAGAUGGAUGGGGGCCCGCCCAA